AUGGGCAUCUGUUUAGACACUGAACAAAACAAAGAUGAGCUGGAAUCUACGAGCGGGGAGCGAAGCCGACGCCAGAGCGCGUGGCCAGAUCGCGCCACACCGCCUGCCGGCUCUUUCCCCAUGCAGAACUCUAGUCACGUCAAAUUCGAGCCACCCAACGUGCCCGUCAUUUUUGUGCUGGGCCCGGGUAGCGGGAAGGUGACCCACUGCGACAACUUGAUGCAAGAGCGGCGCGGAGUGGUGCACAUCAAUAUGACCGACCUGUUGCAGCAGUACGCCAUUGGUAACGAUAUGCAAGACUUCGGCACUUUAUCCAGCAAGACCGUGGCGGAGGUAUUGAUGCUGGAAAUGAAAAUGGCGCCUACCGCAAAGGCUUAUCUGGUCUCUGGCUACCCACGUUCCAUGCGGGAUGUCGCUGAGUAUACAGAAAAGAUCCAGACCAUGACUGGUGCGAUUCUGGUGACCUGGCGGCAGCGCGUGCUUGAGCGUCAGAUCGAGUACGGUGCGCGGCUCGGUCACGUGGUGCUCAGCCUGGCGCGAAUGGAGCUGGACAACUUCUACCGGCAUGUCAUGCCAGUUGCCGAAUACUUCGACCAAAGCGGAAUGCUUAUUGCUGUAAGUACACAGUAA